ACGCAGUAAAGCCCGAGGCGGCGACAGCGGCGUGGGGUUUUGCAUUCCGUCAUCAGGCGGCCCAGAAAGAUUUUCAACGACCCGGCCUGUGUGUAGACUUCUCAGUGUUUCCGUCUUUCUGUUUGUACAAAGUCAAAAGGACAGACAGCAAUUGCUUGCCAAAAACACACAAGACAGGAAAUCAAUUGAGGCACAUAAUUCCUACCUAAGGUCCAUACCCACCAACUCAUUCUUUUCAACCAUCUCAUCAUGGCGGCCGCAAGAGACAUCAUCCAACCCCUAGAGAACCGGGCGGUUUCGUACAGCCUCAGCGUGUCCCCCACCACAACUUUUCACUCCCCCUCAGCCGGUCAUGGCUUCGCGGCCGGAGGACUGCCAAACAGGGCCGUGGCCAAGGCGCUCAAGCCAUUCAACACGGAAGACAUCAAGAUCCUCCUCCUGGAGAACGUGAACCAGACCGGUCGGGAUGUUCUGAAGCGCCAGGGAUACCAAGUCGAGUUUCUCAAGACGUCUCUCUCCGAGGACGAGCUCAUUGAGAAGAUCAGGGAUGUUCAUGUCAUUGGAAUCCGAUCCAAGACGAAGCUGACGGAGAAGGUCUUGCGGGAGGCUAAGAACCUCCUUGUCAUCGGCUGCUUCUGCAUCGGUACUAACCAGGUCGACUUGGCCUAUGCCGCCAAGAAUGGCAUUGCCGUCUUCAAUUCGCCGUUUGCCAACUCCCGCAGUGUUGCCGAGCUGGUGAUUGCUGAGAUUAUCACUCUCGCCCGCCAGCUGGGCGACCGCUCGCUUGAGAUGCAUAGAGGCACCUGGAACAAGGUGAGCUCCAAGUGCUGGGAAAUCCGAGGCAAGACACUCGGAAUAGUCGGCUACGGCCACAUUGGCUCGCAACUCUCGGUUCUGGCAGACGCCAUGGGCAUGUCGGUCAUCUACUACGACGUCCUCAGCCUGAUGGCCAUCGGAACAGCGAAGCAGGUGCCGACGCUGGAGGCUCUUUUGCAGGAAGCGGACUUUGUCACCCUGCACGUGCCCGAGACACCAGAGACCAAGAACAUGAUCUCUGCCAAGCAGCUUGAGCAGAUGAAGACGGGUUCCUACCUCAUCAACGCCAGCCGCGGAACUGUUGUCGACAUUCCGGCUCUGAUCCAGGCCAUGCGAGCCGGUAAAGUUGCCGGCGCCGCAUUGGAUGUGUAUCCUAACGAGCCGGCCGCCAACGGCGACUAUUUCACCAGCGACUUGAACAUCUGGGGUGAGGAGUUGCGCAGCCUCAACAACAUCAUCCUGACACCUCAUAUUGGUGGCAGCACCGAAGAGGCGCAGCGAGCCAUCGGCGUCGAGGUCAGCGACGCCCUCGUACGGUAUAUCAACCAAGGCACCACCAUCGGCAGUGUGAACGUACCCGAGGUCACGUUGCGCUCGCUGACCCCUGAUGAGCCGAACCACGCACGGGUCAUCUAUAUCCAUCGCAACGUUCCCGGAGUUCUGCGCAAGGUCAAUGAGAUUUUGGCUGAGCAUAAUGUCGACAAGCAGAUCUCGGAUAGCAAGGGUGAUAUCGCGUAUCUGAUGGCCGAUGUUAGUGACGUCAGGCCAGACGAUAUCAAGGAUAUUCACGACAGCUUGAAUUCCCUCAACUCUCGCAUUCUCACCCGGGUUUUGUACUAGGCCGAAUUGGAUUUCGACGGGCGAGACUUUAUUCCGGAUUUUGUGUAUUUUGGAGUCGCGGAGUCCAAACUUCAACAUG